AUGCAUGGUGACAGGUGGAUCCCAAUCCGAGUGCUUAACACCUCCAGUAAAACUAUCACUCUGAGGCGCAAUACAAAGAUGGCAGAAGUGUCUGCUUGCAUUGCUGUUGAGGACUUGGAUGAGGACACAGAGGCCGUUGAGACCGUGGGAGUGAAUAACCAAGCCGUGUCUUGUGAGCACUUUGGCCUCCAAGAAACCUUGACUAUGCUUGGGCUUGAAAAUCUUGAUAUUGACUCUUGUGAGGUGUCACCCUAUUGGAAAGGUCAACUCAUGGAGCUUGUUCGGAAGUAUGAGGAUGUCUUUUCUAAGAGCAAACUGGACUGUGGAUCAGCUAAAGACAUUGUCCACAGAAUCCAUCUGUCCGAUACUCGGCCAUUCAGGCUCCCGUACCGCAGAGUCCCACCUGGGCAGUACCACAAACUCAGAGAGGUCCUUUCCGAGAUGGAGGAGCUAGAGAUAAUUCGCAAAUCGAAAAGUGAGUGGGCAUCUCCGCUGGUUCUUGUGUGGAAAAAGAGUGGAGACUUGAGAAUCUGUGUGGAUUAUCGCUGGCUCAAUGCGCGUACGGUCAAAGACGCUCAUCCGUUGCCACACCAAGCAGACUGUCUGGCAGCCCUUGGAGGAAGUGCUAUCUUCAGUGCGAUGGAUCUUACUUCUGGCUUCUAUAACAUCGCCAUGGCCGAAGAAGAUAAGAAGCUCACUGCUUUUACCACUCCCAUGGGCCUAUAUGAGUUUAAUAGGCUCCCACAAGGCCUAUGUAACAGUCCUGCCAGUUUCAUGCGGCUCAUGAUGAGUAUCUUUGGGGACCAGAACUUCAUGACCCUCCUUUGCUAUCUUGAUGAUGUCCUUGUUUAUGCACCUGAUGAGGCAGAAGCGCUAAGAAGGCUGGAAAUGGUCUUUAGCCGGCUGAGAGUUCAUGGAUUGAAGCUUGCUCCCAAAAAAUGCCAACUUCUUAGGAGAAGUGUUAAGUUCCUUGGGCACGUUGUGGACAGACAUGGUGUCGCCACCGACCCCGAAAAGGUCAAGGCCAUCAGUUCUAUGGCUGAGACAGAUCUCAUGAUGGAGGAUGGAAUAACACCCUCACAGAAGAAAAUAAAAUCAUUCUUGGGCAUGGCAAUGUACUAUCAGCAGUUCAUUCAAGAUUGUUCCAGGUUAGCUAAGCCCCUUUUCGCCCUGACUGCUGCCCCCAAAGGGAGGAAAGGGAACGCACGUGGUGCUGCUGUGUUCAAGAAGUUGCACCCCAGUGAUUGGAAGCAGGAACAUAAAGACGCAUUUGAACAGUUGAAAGUUGCCCUCUUGGAGUCUGUGGUCUUGGCGCACCCAGAUUUCAACCGCCCAUUCAUUUUGUCUACAGACGCCUCAAUUGAUGGGCUGGGCGCUGUGUUGUCCCAAGUUCAGGACGGAGAGACAAAAGCGCGGCCUGUGGCAUUCGCCAGCAAAUCUCUUACUCGUGCACAGAGCAAAUACCCUGCCCACCGCUUAGAGUUUUUGGCGUUGAAGUGGUGGGUGGCGAAGUUGGCUCCAUACAAUUUCAACAUCAAAUACAUCCCAGGCAGUAAGAACAUUGUCGCUGAUGCCCUAAGCCGCCAACCUUUCAUCAAAGGUCGUGUUUCCCAGAGACUGGUAGCAGAGCCCUAUGAGUGUUUGUUACGUGAAUCAGAGCAGCUCAGAGUAGACACAGUUCAAGAAGUGUUUAGAGCUAGUGCAGACUACCAAGAGGAGCUCCAAGAUGCGCAGCUCAAUGACACCACUAUCGCACAAGUUGUCCCGUUUGUAACGCGUGGCAGGCGGCCAUCAAGGAGAGAAAGGUCUGUGUUGUCUCCAAGAGCUCUGAAACUCCUGAAGCAGUGGGAGAAGCUAAAAAUGCUUGAUAACAUUCUGUACAGGAGACACCUCCUGCUGAAUCCCCCUGAGGAGCCUGGAGGAGACGGGGACCAGGCCUCCAGCAGCAUCCUCUGCCCUUGUCAAGGACGCCAUGACGGGAUGCGGAUGAGAACGCAUCCCGUCGCAUCCCGUCUUUCCAUGACUCUCACGUGA